GUUAUCAUCUAUAUUAAAAUAUUGCAUGCAUAAUUUUGUGACAAAAAGAGUAUGUAUGUCGCAAUAUUAUCUACAAAGUUCGAGCAAUAAAUUGUAUUUCUGUGCAAAAAAUAAAAACUUGUGUGAUUCUCAAGAUUAGUAAGGACCGGUGGUAAGAGAGUCUUGUGGUAGAAUCAUCUCCGUUUGUCAGACAAACUCGACGUUGCUACAAAAAUGGGAAAAAUAUAUGAGCGUCGUUUAGAACAGCCAACGCCAAAUGUGUCUUUGGGAGAAGUCAUUCUGAACAAAUUGCGCGAGAAUGGCGAUCAUAUUUAUGCAAUAGAUGGACCAACCGGCAAUGAGAUAACAUGUAGAGAAUUACUUGAAAAAAGCGUUAAACUUGCAAAUUUUUUACAAACAUAUGGAAUAAAAAUUGGGGAUAGAAUUGCCAUUGCAACUGAAAAUCAAUUAAAUUGGUUAAUUGCAGGUUGCGCCAUUUCUUAUCUCGGUGCUAUAUUAUCACCAUACAAUCCUUUAUAUAAAGAAUACGAAUUCCAGCACAUAUUAAGUAUUGCGAAGCCCCGUAUUGUCUUCGUGUCUGAACGUACUGAAAGUGUCCUCGCUAGAAUUCUACCACAGUUAUCCUGGAAAAUGGAAUUAAUACAGCUGAAUGAUCAAUCGCUCACGGCAAACGUCCGCACGUUGAGGGAUAUCUUAAAUAACGAACCAAAUGUAAAUUAUAUGGAAUACAAAUCUGUAGAUAUCGAUGACACUAGCCGUCAUCCAUGGGCUAUUCUUUGUUCAAGCGGAACUACAGGAUUGCCAAAAGGAGUAACACUGUCUCAUAAAAAUCUAAUGUCGUUUUUAGUAAAAAUGCGCUUGCCCGAAUACUUGGACGCAAGAAAUGGCGACAGAAUGUUGAUGUUGCUACCGUUUUAUCAUGGCUACGGGAUAGGCACGAUGAUGAUCGGUCUUAUCUCGAGGUGUACCAUGAUCAUAAUGCCCGCUUUCGAGCCAAAACUCUUCCUAACCCUGGUGCAAAAGCAUCAAGUCACCCAUUUGCCGGUCGUACCGCCAAUUUUGACGUUCCUGGCGAAACACCCGCUGGUGGAUAAAUAUGACUUUCGCAGCGUGAGAGAACUCGUCUGCGGAGCGGCGCCGCUUGCGAAGGACGUUACAGCUGCAGUGAAAGCUCGCCUGAACGUAAAAUAUAUUCGCAACGGCUAUGGCAUGACGGAAUUGUCGAUAGUGAGCGGUGUGAGCGGACGCGACGAUGAAAAUGAUGACGAUUCGUUUGAAAAUCCAGGAGUCGGACUACUUGUCCCUGGUUUUCUCGGCAAAGUGGUCGAUCUUGAGACACAAGAGACUCUGGAGGCCGGCCAGGUGGGCGAGAUCUGUUACAUGGGGGAACAAGUGAUGCUAGGUUACUGGAACAACCCUGAGGCGACCAGACAGACUAUUGACCAAGAUGGAUGGCUUCACACUGGUGACAUCGGCUACUUCGACAACAAGGACAGGUUGCAUGUGAUCGAUCGUGUCAAGGAGCUGAUCAAGUACAAAGGCUACCAGGUCGCGCCGUCGGAGAUAGAAACCGUCCUACUGUCGCAUCAAGCGGUAAAAGAUGCCGCGGUCACCUCCAAACCCGAUGAACGCAACGGAGAAGUUCCAGUGGCCUUCAUAGUGAAACAACCUGAUGCAACGAUCACAGCUCAAGACUUGCAGGAGUUUAUUAAACAGAAACUGUCGCCGCAAAAAUGGCUGUAUGGCGGGGUGCAAUUUGUCGAUGCCAUACCGAAGAAUCCUUCCGGCAAGAUUCUACGCCGCGAACUUCGAACAAUGAUCUCUAAACUGUAAUAGUAAAAAUCGCAUACCGAUGAAUUUGUUACAAGUAUAAAUCUUCUUUAAUGAGAAAACGAAAGAAAUUGAAUCCACAAAAUAUAAUAAUUUAUAAUACUUUAUUAAUAAUAUUAAGAGAAAAUUAACAGUCUUUCAAGGCAAUGUGUCAUGUUAUUUAUGUCGUGUAUAUUAGGAAUAUUUUUACGUAAACGAACAUCUCACUGUGAAAAAGAAUAAUUAAGCGCCACGGAAGAAACGUUGCAGAAAUGCAAAUUUAUUACAGCUUGUUGUCACGUUGAUUAAUUCAUAAGUAAACCGUUGAACAACUGUGACCGAUUAAAUACGAGCGGUGGACCAGUUCUACCCCCAAAAUGUAGCAGGACGGUACAGCAAGAGGGUGUUUCGAGUUAUAUUACAUGAUAUUACUCUUGCACUAACCUGCAAUGCUACGAAAAUAAGCGAAGAAACCUGUUGCGUUACGUACGUCGACGAAAAACAUGCGAGCACGCGCGUGUUCUCGUAUUUCAUCGAUAUCUAACU